AUAUUUUCCAUAACAUGACUAUCCUCCUUUAUUUUGUCUAAGAUGUGAACGUUGAUUACUAUUCGUCACGUGGCUUUGGCAACGCGUUUCAUGCAAAGUCUCGUGACAUGGCGAAAUUGGAAUUGUUAGCACACAUUUAUUUCACAGUUGGCCAUUCAUUGUUGAAAAUAUUAGACCUAUUUAUAUCCUUUCCGAGGAGCUGAAACACAUUUCACUUUAAUAAUCCAGGUAAAUGGAUAUUGAUUGAGUACACCUGCCAGCAGCAGCUCGGUGUUUAGCUGAAAAGGGGCCCGUUUGACGCUGCGGCGUGCUUAGAAAGUACGCAUUCAUAGCGAUAUAAAGAAACGAUCAUGGCUACGAAUAAGGACCCCAUGGGGGCAGUACAAGACGGAGAGCCCACCAUUCAAGUGAAGAACGUCCAAGUCGCGGCCAAGUGUGGCCAUGUUCCUUCUCCAGGUGUUUCCAAGGGGCAAGUCUACCAAGCCACCUCCACCUCCUCGGUUCCAGCUCCUCAGAUGUCGUCCCCCUCCGUCAUGGUGGUAACCAAAGUUUCCAAGCCGAGCGGGGCGAGUGCCAAUGGGCCCAAAGCGGUUCUGAGCCAGGCCAACACCACAAUGAACCCGACCUCAGUCCAGGGUAGGACAGUGGUGAUAACGGUUCCCAGGUCAACCGGACCACAGGUGCCCAUGACGCCUCGGACACAGUUGCCCGCUAACAUCCAGAUUCCACCAGGUAUGAUGCUGAUCCGCAGCGACAGCGGUCAGCUGAUGCUAAUGUCCCAGCAGGCUUUGGCUCAGGCUCAACAGGCACUGAGAACCGGCAACGGGCAAGCCACCGGAAUUCUGGCCCGGCAGGUGUCCACGGCGGGUGCCACGAGUCAAAGCAAUGAGAAGGUGACGGUGAUUAGGAUGACGGCUCCUCAGACUUUCCAGCCACCGGCGGUCCAGAAGACGGCCAUGGUCAAGGUGAUCGGCGUGACUCCCAAGCCGGCCGUGGUCCAGACCCGCAGCGAGGCGGCUGAACAUGCGUUUCAGCCGGUAACCGUGGAAACCAAGAAAGAUCCUCCACCCACAUUUAGUCAGGCGAGUGUCGGCUCCUAGCGUAGUUUAGU